CAGGGCAGCUCUCCGUGUUUCCUUGUCGUCAGUGCUGACGUCAUCUUCUUACUAGUGACUGCUGUUAUCAAGAUGGCGCUGCGGCCAGGAUCUGGGGGAGGCAGCAGCUUUAUGUAUCCUGUCGGUGGGGGCCUGGGACCACCACAAGGAAUGGUCCCAAUGCAGCAGCAGCAGCAGCAGCAACAACAACAGCAGGGCUUCCCAAUGGUUCCUGUCAUGCAGCCUAACAUGCAGGGAAUGAUGGGGAUAAACUUUGGGGGACAGAUGCCUCCAUGCACCAUUCCAAUGCAGGGUGGAAUGGCAAUCGGGAUGCAGACCCCUGGGAUGCCAUUUUUAGGUCAACCACAGUUCAUGGGCAUGAGAGCCGCUGGACCCCAGUACACGGCUGACAUGCAGAAACAGAUGGCUGAGGAACACCAGAAACGUCUGGAGCAGCAGCAGAAGAUGCUGGAGGAGGAAAGAAAAAGAAGACAGUUUGAAGAGCAAAAACAAAAGCUGAGGCUGCUUAGCAGUGUCAAACCCAAAACAGGGGAGAAGAGUCGGGAUGAUGCUUUGGAAGCGAUCAAAGGCAACAUGGACGGAUUUAGCAGGGACGCUAAAAUGCACCCGACUCCUUCAUCACAGGCCAAGAAGCCAGACUCAUCGUCAUCACACCUGCCUGUCCCCACUCAUUCCCUCCCCCCAGGUUUCUCCGAGGAUAAUGACGACUUUAGUGACUUUCAGGGGCCUGUAGAUGCCCCCACCUCCUUCCCCCCAUCCUCCUCUUCUACCUCCACCUCUGGCCUCUCCUCUCAGGUCCACAGCCAGCCUUCAUCCUCCGCCACUAAAGGUUUUGCUGAGGCUGACGAUGAGGAGUUUAGUGACUUUGUUCAGGGACCUGUAAACACUUUCCCUUCCUCCAGUUUGCAUUUCACCUCUCAAGCCCAAGUUCAACCAUCAUUCACUCCCUCACAAUCCCUCCCUGCCUCUGUGUCCAUUACCACUGCCUCCCAACACUCUGCUGUCAACACCAGUUCACAAUCUUCAUUUCAAGGUCCGUCGCUGGAAGAGAAGCUGUUCUCCUCGUGCGAUCUUACCGCCGAUAAAUCCGCCCGCAUUAGCUUUAAAUCCAAGCAAAGUUUGACUCAAAUGGCUCCAAGAGCUAAAGUUUCGUCCCAGUUCUCGGCCAGUCCUAUGGCCAGGAACUGGGCCACAGCCACGGAGGACUUAAGCUCCGUCUUCGUCACGGAAAAGGCACAAGAAGCCCCGGUUUUUUCACCCAACCACCAGCUGCCAUCAGCUGCAAACCCAUCUGCUCAGACCAGUAGUGACAGUGCAGGUGUUGCUGUGUACCCACAACAAGAGCACAUCCAGUCUAUUCUGCCUGCCUGGGUUUACAAUGACAGCCUCGUCCCAGACAUGUUUAAGAAGGUUCUUGAACUCACGAUGACUCCGGCAGGGAUAGACACAGCAAAGCUCUACCCAAUCUUGAUGUCAUCAGGCCUUCCCAGGGAAGCGCUGGGGCAAAUCUGGGCAUCAGCCAAUCGCACAACACCUGGCAUGCUGACCAAGGAGGAGCUCUAUACUGUACUUGGACUAAUUGGUGUGGCACAGACCGGCCUCCCAGUAUUGAAUGUGGAAAUACUGAGUCAGUUUCCGUCUCCUCCUGUGCCCAACCUGCCUGCCCUGGCAUUGGCCAUGGCCCCCAUCAUACCUCAGCACCAGCAGCCGAUGAUGACCCAGCCGCCUGUCUCCAUGUCCAUGGCCACACCAGCAGCACCGAUCAUGGCUAUGGCACCUGCUGCCCCUCCUCAGCCGCCCACAAACACAAAUUUCAUCGCCAAUUUUCCACCUGCACCUUCAACACGGGGGACCAAAAUCGAGGAUGAUGAAUUCCAGGACUUCCAGGAGGCUCCGAAAGCUGGAGCAGGAGACCAGGUCUUCUCUGAUUUCCAAGGGGAAUCAGGAGGGAGCUUUCCCACCGCUGCUGGACAUCAACAUCAAAAUAGCACACCUGCCAUGUUGACUCCGGUGACUGGUUCGUCCUCUUCCUCCGUCCUGUCCUCUGAUAAGUAUGCCGUGUUCAAGCAGCUGUCUGUGGAUCAGCCUGCAGAGCCCACACCCCCUGUCUCAGAUGCUGGGGACAAAUACAGUGUAUUCAGACAGCUAGAACAACCUGCUGACAAGAAAACAGUCGGGGAAGGAUUUGCAGACUUCAAGUCUGUCAGUGCCGACGAUAACUUCACAGACUUCAAAACCGCCGACAGCGUCUCACCAUUAGACCCUUCAGAUCAGGCCAAGAUCUUUCAACCUGCAUUCCCUUCUGCUUUCCCAAACUCCCAGACUUUACAGCAACUUCCGCAGCAGCAACAGCUAGCAGUGUCUCUAUCCCAACCCAAAAAUCCUCUCAACAUGGCCGACCUGGACCUUUUCUCCUCUGUGGUUCCAUCCGUUCCUGCCUCCACUGAGAAAAAACUCAGCACAUUCCCACCUGUAUCUGUUCCACCCUCAUUAAGCCUCCUGACCAGCGGAGCCAAACCUUCAGGGGGAGGUGCAGAUGAUUUUGGUGACUUUGCCCUCUUUGGCGCCUCCUCUGACUCCACUCAAACUUCAAUAGCAGCAGGAGGAGCAGCAGCAGCUCCUCAUGAUGACUUUGCAGAUUUCAUGGCAUUUGGAAGUUCUGGCGGAGAGCCGAAAGGUGAGAGUGGAACUGUGAUCCGAGGGGACUCCUCCGCAAAGCAGCCUCAGCAGACCUCAGACAAGUAUGACGUGUUCAAACAGCUGUCUCUGGAAGGAGGCCUCUCCUACGAUGACACGAAAGAGAGUGGCGGCGGAUCGUUCUCUUCCCUCAAGAGUGACACGGACGACUUUGCCGACUUUCAGUCUUCAAAGUUCUCCACUGCACUCGGCGCCUCGGAGAAGACUCUGGUGGACAAGGUGGCUGCUUUCAAACAUGGCAAGGAGGACUCUGCAUCGGUGAAGUCGCUCGACCUCCCGUCCAUCGGCGGGAGCAGCGUAGGGAAGGACGACUCAGAGGACGCGCUCUCCGUGCAGUUGGACAUGAAGCUGUCGGACAUGGGUGGAGACCUGAAGCACGUGAUGUCAGACAGCUCUCUGGAUUUGCCGGGCCUCUCGGCCCACCAGCCCCCCGCCACAGAAAGAGACGACAUGAAAUUUGACCCAUUUGGGACCUCGGCCCUCGGCACCUUGUCUAGCUACGAUUGGUCAGAUCGAGAAGAAAGUCUGGCCGGUGAGCAGAGAAAGCCCCAGGGCUUGGAAGGGGCUUCUUCAUCAUCUUUAGCACCGUCACAAAAGAAUGAACUGAGCUUUGGCAGUGCUGAAAACAUCUCAAGCAGCUCCCUGGCAAAGAUCACCACCUCUUUAACUGCAGAGAAUGGAUCUUCAGGAGAUAACAAGCUCGAGGCCUUCGCCGACUUCGGUUCCUGUGACCGGCCCGCUGACGACGAUGACUUUGGAGAGUUUGCCAGUACUGUGUCUGAAAAAUCAGACUCACCAGCUGUCACUGCUGAGGUGGGCUCAGAGGGAAACCAAAGCGAGACUUCGGAAGAAUUUGGCAUCCUCCAAGUGGACAAGCCCAAAUUCGGCAAGUUUGACUUCCUGAAAGCCAGCGCUCAAACCAACGUCAAAUCCAGUGAGGAGAUGAUCAAGAACGAACUCGCAACUUUUGACUUGUCUGUUCAAGGCUCUCACAAACGCAGUCACAGCUUAGGUGAGAAGGAGAUCGGGCGUUCACCUCCAUCUCCAGCUCCGGAGCAGCCUUUCAGAGACCGGUCCAACACGCUGAACGAGAAGCCUACCCUGCCUGUCAUCAGGGACAAGUACAAAGACCUGACAGGGGAGGUGGAGGAAAGCGAGCGGUACGCGUAUGAGUGGCAGAGGUGUCUGGAAAGUGCUCUGGAGGUCAUCACCAAGGCCAACAACACCCUGAACGGCAUCAGCAGCUCGUCUGUCUGCACCGAGGUCAUCCAGUCUGCUCAGGGCAUGGAGUACCUGCUGGGUGUUGUGGAAGUGUACCGGGUCACCAGGCGAGUGGAGCUGGGCAUCAAGGCGACGGCGGUGUGCUCUGAGAAGCUGCAGCAGCAGCUGAAGGACAUCAGCCGAGUGUGGAACAACCUCAUUGGCUUCAUGUCGCUGGCCAAACUCGUACCAGAUGAAAGCUCCCUGGAUUUCUCCUCCUGUAUUCUGAGGCCCAGCAUCAAGAACGCCAAGGAAAUGGCUUGCGGAGUUUGCCUGCUGAACGUUGACGCACGCAGCAAGAACAAAGAAGGAAGCGCUUUUGGACGUCUGUUAAAACGAGCUUUCAACUCUGAGACGGACAACUUCAAGCUGCUGUACGGAGGCCACCAGUACCACGCCAGCUGCGCCAAUUUCUGGAUCAACUGCGUGGAGCCGAAACCUCCGGGCCUCAUCCUGCCUGACCUGCUCUGAGCUGCCAUGGAAACAGAGCAGGAAAUAACUAACUUCAAAUAGGCAGAGCGGCCAGUCGUGUCAGAAUGAGAGGAGGUCUUUUAGAGUCACUGGAUUCUGCUGGAUUCUUCUUCUUUAUUUGUCUUUUUUGUUUGUUUCAGAUUUUUAUCUUUUCCGGGUUCAUUUACCAUCUUUUGUUACCUUUUUCUCAUCUAUGAAAAUCAGUUUGGUCAGUUGGGGGAGGUUGUAAUUAAAUCUGUGACAGAUGCUGCUUUAUUUCACCUGAUUAUCUCUGCCGAUUAUGGUAACAUGAAAAAAUAGUUACCUAAAGAGUCAUUUUAUAGAUUAGAUGUGCAAUAUGAUUAUAAACACUGGCACAAUGGAUGUGUGUAAUCAUCUAGAGCUUUUAAUGUCCCCUUUUCCCCUGCUGCUGUUUGAUUUUAUGCAUGACUCCUCAUCAUACGUCGAAUCUUUUACUUGAGUUGCAUUUGUGCAGCAGGCUCCUUUAAUGCAGGUUUUUGAAAAUCAUUCAGACUCACUGCUGUACUACAAGGCAUUCGUCUCUCUUUUUAUGCGUUGUGUUGAAUGUCUUUGUUGAAGUAAACCUUCAGCACCUUUUGGGUAUUUAAAUAGUGUUUUAUAAAUAUUUAAAAGCAUGGGAGAGAACCUAAGGGGUCUUGAAAGAAAAGUGUUCUUUUUUCUGUUGGUGUGGAUAUUUGAAAGUCAUGAAGGAUCUGAUUGUGUGAAGUUAGUCUGCAACUGAUUUUUUUUUGUCUAUGUUAUGAUGUCAUGUUGUAGCAUUGUAUUUAUCUCUGAGUAUAAUGUGAAUAAAUGAGAGUGCUUACA